GAAAAAACUUACAUAUCAAAUAUAUACAGUUAAUACAUGUUUAAUAUCAAAUAAGUUAAAGUUCAUUGUAAUACAAGUAAAAUUUACAUGCAAUUUCACUUACUUUGUACAAAAUAUCAAUUUUUGUAAAAUUCUUGUAAUUUUACUGAGUGUAAAGUAAAUGUGAUCAUAGAGGUUAUCAUUACAUUUAUAAAAUUAUUAUAUCAAUACGAAAUUGCAAUCGUAUGUUAAUAGCUACUGAUAUUGAAUUGAAACUGAUAAUUCAUCAUGGCAACUCCCACAAACACAAGCAAACCAGGAGUAAUAAUUUUAGGAGGGUGUGGAUUUAUUGGACGGAACCUUGCGGCUUACUUAAUCGAAAAUGAAUUGGUAUCUUUUGUGAGACUUGUUGAUAAAGUACCUCCACAAACAGCUUGGUUAAACAAAUAUCAUCGAGACAUAUUUGAAAAUUCACUGGUUGAAUUUAAAAGUGCUAAUUUAAUAAAUCCUGUAUCUUGUCAAAAUGCAUUUAAUUGCAAUCAUGCAAUUGAUUUUGUAUUCAAUUGUGCGGGUGAAACGAAGAGCUGUCAAACAGAUCCCGUAUACCGAGAAGGUAUUUAUAAAUUGAGUAUGAACUGUGCGCAAAAUGCUGCAAAAAUUGGAGUAAAACGAUAUAUUGAAAUAUCAUCGGGUAAUAUGUAUUCGUCUGAAAAAUUACCUCACAAAGAAGAUGAUCCAACAGAUCCAUGGACAUUUAUUGCAAAACAUAAACUGCAAGUGGAAAAUGAUCUCAAAAACAUUUCGAAUCUUAAAUAUACUAUUCUUCGUCCAGCAAUAGUAUAUGGAAUUGGUGAUAAAAACGGUUUAGCUCCACGUCUUGUGAUUGGUGCUGUUUACAAACAUUUAGGCGAAAUGAUGAAAUUAUUGUGGGGUCCAAAUCUUCAUAUGAACACAGUUCAUGUGAUGGAUGUUGUUCGAGCAAUGUGGCAUGUAACAAAUAGAGAUGAUACUAUCGGUCAAAUAUACAAUGUGGUUGAUGAAAGUGAUUCAACACAAGGCUCUAUAAGUGCUGUAGUUUCAGAAUUAUUUAAUAUUAAUCAUGAUUACUGGGGAAAUACUCUCUCUACUUUUGCAAAGACUGACAUGAAUGCAGUGGUAGAAGAGGUAAAUGACAAGCACAUGGCACCGUGGGCUGAAGCAUGUAGCAAAGAUGGCAUUGAAAAUAGUCCACUAUCACCUUAUAUUGAUCAAGAAUUGUUGUAUAAUAAACACCUAUAUCUACAUCCAAAUAAAUUGAUCAGUACCGAAUUUUCCUACAGUUAUCCUAAAUUAACAAAACAAGCUUUAAAAGAGAUGUUAGAUGAUUAUGUAACAAUGAAGAUAUUUCCACAUUCUUUAGUUCUUUGAAAAGUUAUUAAAACAAUUAUCUAAAAAUAUUCCAACUUGAAAACUGUUAUAAGAUAAAAAUAUCACUUUGUGCCUAUGUAGUAAAGGUAAUAUUAAUAAGUCAAAAUACUGAUAAAAGACUUUAUGACAUCGAAAGUAAUGACACUUACAUUUCUUAGUCUAUCAUAAUAAUGUGAUAUCUACAAACACGUUUGUACUUAAAUAUAUACAUUAUUUUUUUCAUUUUAAUAACUACACUAAUAAAUGAGGAAUGAACAUUAAUUGAAUAUAAAACUAUUUAUGCAUUAUUUUAACAAGUUUUUAAUUUGCAUAUUGUGAUGGCUGAAGUUCCAAAAAAGAUGCUUAUUAAAUUAUUAUUAUAAAAAUAUAUUUGGUACUUGUCGCGAGUUCAAGUAAUUUUAUUCCAGUGUAUAAAUUUUUUUAAAUUAUUAUAUUAAAACAUCAUUUGGCGCCGUUUGAAAUACUAAAUCUACGUUAAAUACUAAACUCCGAAAACUAACGUGCAGAAAGUAAUUAAUACAAUUAGUAUUAUGAAAUGUGAGUUUUGAAAAAUUCUUAAUAAUAUCUUAUUAUAUGGUGUAUGUACAAAAAUUACAUAUAAUAAGUCGAUUCGGAUGGUUUAGAUCUUUGUGAUAAAUUACUUCAUAAAAUUAUGAUCCUCGUAAUUUUCGAUAUAAUAAUUGAGUUAUGUUUUAAAAUUGUGAAAUGUAAUUUUUGACUUUCUCAGAAAAAAAUAGCCAGUUUUAUUAUUGAUAAACAAUGUCUCUAUGUAAAAUUUGGAAGCUAGUAUUAAAAAUUUUUUAAUUAAUUCAAUUAAGAUGAUGAAUCGAAGAAAAAUAAAAUGAAUUCACAUUUGUUCUGUCACGUUACAAUACAAUAUAACUAUUCAUUUUUAAUGUCAAACGGUACAAAAAUGUCGUUAAUAAAUAAGAUGAGAAAUCGAAAAUUUUUAAGUAAAAUUUAUAUAGUAUAAUUAUAUUGCCGAAUUCGACUUCCUUGGACUCUAAAGUUAGCCAGACUGUAAUCCAUCUAAUUUGUUGUAGUAAGACAAUAUUUUUUACAUGCAUUAUUUUUUAUACUCAUUUUUUUCUUAAAAAUUACAUUAUUAAAUGUAAUCAAUUGAAUAUAAUUUUCUAAAUAUACAUUAUAUGUAUAUUCUUUCAAGA